AUGGAGGAUACCAAGGCGGUGAAAGAAAUUUUGGAGUCUCUCCAAGGACAGAUAAAGACACUAGGCACACUUGUUGAUGAUACGCUUCUUAAGAAGAACUUAAAUGAGCUACUUUUUGAUCUAAACGAUUCUUCACAGCAGGCAAAAUCAGAAAUACUUAAAUGCAGGCUUGUAAAUGCAUAUGCAUAUGUAAUAUCUUCUCUUUAUUUUUCAUUUCUCAAGGCUGAUGGUAAUAAUCAACAGAAUGACCAUCCUAUAAUGGAAGAACUAAGGCGAGUGAGAUCAUAUAUUAAUCGAGUUGAGACCAUCCAACAAAAGCAGGAAACUCACAAGAAGAAGGAAGAAACUUCAAUCAAAAAGGCUGAGAAGUUUAUCAAUUCAAACUUUGGGGAGAAUAGAAGCCGUGAACAUGCCGCUAUUUCUAGAGUUCAGUUUGAAGGACGACACAAAAGAUAUUCGGAUGAUACAACUUCUGCAUUCAAGAAUACGGUUGAGAUAUCCAAAGAUGAAUCAUAUCGAUUAAGGCAGAAAUCCAAAAAAUCUUGUUCAAGAAAAGCAUCACGUAGGCAUCGGAGUAAAGAGAGAAGUCGGCAUGUUAAGGAUGCUGGUCAUCAUUGA